AUGUGCGAGAUCAUUCGAAGUCACAAGGGUGACGAGGACGACCUAGUAGAGGAGAUCCGUAAGCGAUAUAUUGGUGACAACCCGCCGAGAACACCCACGACAUACGGCGGUGCAGACAACGAGGUGCUAGAUGCGGACAUUUCUGAGUUUGAAGUUGCCGAGACACUGUGCAACUUGAAGACCAAGAAGGCCUACAAGCGAGCACUUGGCAUCCCGGAUUCUACGUCAAACGAAAAGCUGGCGGCGCUGGGCCUACAUAACACCGUGGAAGAGAUCGUCGAGGCGCAACGGACGUCUCAGCUCGAACGGCUAACAAAGAGCGCGACCGGGCGUCACAUUCUCGAAAACCUGGGCAUCCGCUACGAAAGACAAACGGGCGAGAAAAUAGACGUGCCGAGACGGGUCCGGGAGAAGCUUACCAUCCCAAACCUGCCACGUCACAUGCACCCCGUGCACCAUGUGGAGCGACGAACGGCGAGAGCCAAGGCCCUUCGAAGACUACUAGAGAAGGAAGAGGGCGUCUACUACACGGACGCUGCGAGGUACGACAGGGAUGCCAUGGCCGCAGCCGUGGUUGACAAUCAAGGGAAGAUCAUUGCGAGCUGCAGUGUCCGGACGACAGAACCGGAGGUAGCCGAGGAAGUGGCCAUCGCUCUGGCACUCAAGCUGCAAGACGCUAAAAUCAUUGUCAGCGAUUCACAGAUGGCGAUUCGCCAAUACGCCAAGGGACGGAUCUCGCCGCUUACGCUUCGAGUACUAGGUGAUCCUGAAAAGACUGCGAAGAAUUCACAAAAAAACUAUCUGGGUAAAGGUAACAACAAACAUCUUCACAAGGUCAUGCACAUGGUCAUUCGAAAACUUGUCAAGCCGCAGUCCAUCAUGUCGUCGCUUUAG